AUGCCGCCAAAUCUACCUGACUUCUCAAAAUCGCACGGGUCUCCAGACAAAAAUGCAGGGGACUGGAUGACGCUCCGGUCACACAGUGAUUUCAGUAAUGGGACAUCGGAUCAGACUGGCCUGGAAUCGAGCAAAGUCGACAUGUACGUUGGAGAAAAAUUCUUCCGAACAGUUGAGCCAAAUUGUUUUGAUCCUGUCGUGCGGAUGAACGAGAUGGAUGUCACCGGGGUAGAUGUCCAGGUCAUCAGCACUGUACCUAUUCUGUUCUCAUACGACAAACCGAUUGAACCUGCAGCGGCGUUGGCUCGUUACUUGAAUGAUCACAUCGCAUCGGUCUGCAGAGAUAAUCCUCGCCGGUUUGUUGGCCUUGCCACAGUUCCGCUGCAGGAUAUUCCUAGCUCUGUGGUUGAGCUUCGGCGAGCGAAAGUCGAGUUAGAGUUGAAAGGGGUCGAGAUUGGAACUGAGAUCAACGGUUGCUCUCUCGAUGAUCCCAGGUUCAAUCCAUUUUGGGCAGCGUGCGAAGAACUGGAUAUGCCUAUCUUUGUCCAUCCUCUCGGAUACGAGUUGGAAAGGGAGAAUAAGAGCCGAUGGGGAAAUUACUGGUCUGCAUGGUUGAUUGGAAUGCCAAGUGAGACUGCACUUUCGAUUCACGGCAUUCUCUCAUCAGGUGUUUUAGUACGACACCCAAAAUUACGAUUCUGCUUUGCACACGCUGGUGGAGCUUACUUGCCCCUUCUCGGGCGUAUCCAGCACGGUUACAAUUGUCGACCGGACCUGGUCGCCCAUAGCUCUGAGGGAGUAUCGCCCCAGAGUUAUCUCGAAUCACAUCAACACAAUAUUUGGAUUGAUAGCUUGGUACAUGAUCCGGAUCUACUGCAGCUAAUUUGUAAGAAGAUUGGUCCGGAUAGGAUCGUCAUGGGGAGCGACUACCCUUUUCCACUUGGUGAGAUGCCUAACCCAGGCGAGAUGUUAAGUAGUGAUAAAAGGGUCGGCGAGUUAUUCUCCAGUGAGACGAGAGCGCGUAUGCUUGCUGGCAAUGCGAUUGAAUUUCUAGGGCUUGGGGAUAUGUGGCCAGGCCAUAAGAUUUCGUGUAUCUAG